GAAUCUGGCGACCUUUCCGACGUGGAGAUCUCGGUCGAGUCCACGCAUUUCCCAGGCCAGUCGGCUACUUUCAAGGCCCACAAGAUGAUCAUGGCGUUACAGAAUGAUGUGUUCAGGGCCAUGUUCUACGGCGACUUCGCCAAGGAGGACCGCGUAGUCAUCACCGACUUGCAUCCAGAAGGUGUCCGUGGUCUCUUGCGAUACUUCUACAGCGGACGUCUUGAAGUAAAAACCGUACAUCAAGCCGCCUGUACCCGUACCGCUGCUGCCAAGUACCUCAUACCGCAGCUGGAGGAGAUAUGCCUCAAAUUCAUGGAUUUCCAUAUGACUCCCGAUGGCGUGUGUCCUUUCCUCGACUACGUGCUGACCGUCGGCGAAGAAGCCUUAACAACCCUCGCAGCAAUAGUAAUUAUCAAGAACAGCCUUGAAGUUAUCUCCUCCGCGAAGUUUAAGUCUUGCACCGAAGCUACGAUCAAAUAUGUCCUCAAACAUGUUACCAAUGUGUCCGAGGCAUUGGUGCUACAAGCCGUGCACGCCUGGGGGCAGCAGCGCUUGAAGCCCAUGGAGAAAUCGUGCACACCUGCACGCGAUGAAGCGUGCGGCGGGCACGAAGGUGAAUCGGGAGAUUUGCGGGCCGUCAUGCUGCCGCUGCUCCCCCAGCUACGAUUCCUCGCACUGACGCCACAAGAGUUCAUCGAUGGUCCUAACGCGUGGGGAGUCUUCACAGAUGCGGAAGCGCGGGCUCUAUUCAGCAACAUUGUGAAACGAGGUUCGAUGCCCCUGCCAGCGGGAUUCUGCGACAUCCGGGAGGCUCGCGGCUAA